CAUGAUGGGAAUCGUAGUAGGAGAGAGACGGGGCUCAGGGAGAGGACUCGAGAGCCUCGGAAGUUCUGCAAGCAGGGAGGCUAGGAGCAAUCUGGGAAGCGGUGUAGUCUUGCUUGUGGAGCCGACGAUUCUGGGGGGUCGCCAAGGGUCCGGGAAGGAGUUGAGCGAGAUCGAGAAGCGGUAGACAGUAUUGUGCCUGCUGGUGCAGAAGUGUUUAAUGAAUGACCUAUCCAUUCGGGAAAGACUUUAACACCUUGAGAACCCUGUGAAUUGCCAGAAGUUCACUGGGCCUGGCCCUUAGUGUUAAUUUCAAUAUGCUGCGAAGGAAACCAACACGCCUGGAGCUGAAGCUUGAUGACAUCGAGGAGUUCGAGAGCAUUCGAAAGGACCUGGAGACCCGUAAAAAACAAAAGGAAGAUGUGGAAGUAGUAGGAGGCGGCGAUGGGGAAGGAGCCGUGGGGCUGGGCAGUGACCCCAAGAGUCGGGAGCAAAUGAUUCAUGAUCGAAUCGGUUAUAAACCCCAACCCAAGCCCAACAGCCGUUCAUCUCAGUUUGGAAGUUUUGAAUUUUAGAGGUGGAUGACCUUGAGUGCCAGAGCCCUGGAAUGGAGAUGGCAGAAUUACAAACAAGAUUUAGAGAACUGGGAGCUUACAGUUAAGCAGAAUGUUUACCUCCCACAUAGAAAUAUUUCUGCAUGAGAUUACUCCAGCUUAACUUUCACCUGAAGCUGACAUUCAAACUCUUGGUUUCUGGAAAAUUUGACUCUAAAAAACUUGGCUGGCCUUUGUUUUAAAAAAUAAAUAUAUUU